UCCGUGUGUAAUGUCGGAAAAGGUGUCUUUAUUCUUACAAAGUGCAUUAGUCUUGUGAACUAAUUUUAGUUGGAUAAAACUAAUUUUAGUUGAGUUAAUCUGAUUCUUAUUUAAAUUAAACUCUAAUUUAAUUUAAAAUAAUCCAAAUUUACUGCAUUUUCUAAUUUCAAGAAGGACAAAAAUUAUGCUUUCUUUCAGAACUUGUAUUAUUUUUGUAUUUUUUGUUCUUAAUCCCAAAUUUUUGCUUACGAAAGAAGUACCAAGUUUCGAUAAAAAUUUGAAGAUUGAUAAAAAUUGGAGGAGAAAUGUAAUUAGUGAAAAGAGUGGCGAAAGAGCUCCUUGGUUUUUAAAUGUACCUUUAUUGCCAGUAAUUGUUGCAACUUCGAAUUCAAUUCCCGAAGGUUCUUGUAAAAAUCAAUUACUAUUGUAUCUUAAUCAUUUGAAGAAUGGCACUUUGUGGGCUACUGAAAUGUUUGAUGCAUCUUCAAAAUAUCCCCAUGGCGUGUUCAAUGGUUUCACACGGCAUUUGGGAAGCUAUGACCAGUGUGAACAAAUUGAAACUAAAAUAAUAGAUGAAAAAGAUGGGAAAAUUGAAGAAAUUCACAGCAGAUAUUGUCUGGUGGAUGUGAAGUUUAAAGAAAAAAAUGAACCAACGAAUUUCACUGGUGAAUACGAAAUAUUUUUCGAUCCGAAAAAUUCUGCUUGGGAAGCAAUUCGGGAAAAGGGCGAUUUUCGACGAUGGCAAAGGUACUUUUUGCAAAUGGCAUUAUGUUUCCCUGCGGAAUGUCAACCAGAAGAUAUUGUGGUGGCACUAAAAGAACCUCUGGAUGAAUUUGGCAAAAAUUAUAAUAUUACAGUCAAAGCAUCAAUUUUGCCUAUGUACUGUUCUCUAACUUCUAAAGAAGUUCCAGGAUUUUCUGUUUAUGAUAUAAUUUUCUGUUUUAUUUUUCUAUCACUGGUAAGUAUGGUCAUAAUCGCCACUUGGAUGGACGUAAAUUCAGACCAAAACAAAGAGACCUCUCUGCUUCUCUGCUUUUCUGCCCGUAGAAAUUUUAACGAGAUUUUCAGGGUGAACUAUCAACAUAAAGGAUUUGAUUCUAUCCACUUUUUUCGAGUUUUUAUAUUAGCAAUUACAUUUAUAGCUCACAGACAACUGCAAAGCAUUUAUACGGGAACUAUUUCGGCAAUAUAUUUUGAAUGGGUUUUAUCUAAACCAUUUUUCGGACUACUGCACAAUGGUCCUUUGUUAAUAGACGGAUUUUUCGGAUUUGCAGGACUUAUACUGUCCUUCUCUUUACUAGUUUAUUGGAAUGAAGAAAAAAGUUUUAAUUUCUUCUUUCUGAUAUUAAAACGCUUACUGAGAUUAUGGCCAGUCCUUGCGUUUAUGGCUCUUGGAUAUGCGACGAUUUUUUACAGAUUAGGUUCUGGACCAUUUUGGGAAUCAAUUAUGGGAUUGAAUAAAAAUUCUUGUUCUUCUUAUUGGUGGACAAAUUUAUUAUUUAUCAAUAAUUAUUUUGGCGGAAAUAAUAAGUGUCUGAUACAGUCCUGGUAUUUAGCGAUGGAUGUCCAAUGUUACAUAAUUGGAUUAUUAUUAAUUAGAGCAUUUUAUAAAAUGCCACGAAAAAUUGGUUACAUAUUUAUUAAUUGUGCUCUGAUUUGUUCAAUUGUUACAACGUUUUACAUUAUAUAUCAAAAUGAUUUAGAUCCAAUUUUUAAAGAAUUUUCUACUCUGAGAAAAGUAGAAGAUAGUGAUUAUGUUUUGAAUUACUAUGAUAAAACUCAUCUCCGUUCGUCAUCUUAUAUUAUUGGAUUAAUUUUUGGAGUUUUUAUGUAUGAUUACAAAAAAGCUAAUUGGAAACUUUCAGAGGCAUGGUCAAAAGUUUUAUUUGUUAUUUCAAUUAUCGUUAUUUUUACUACAAUAUGGAGUGGAACAUAUUUCAUAAAUCCAAAUUGGAAAACAAGUGCUUUAGAAAAGGGUUUAUACGCAAGCCUGCACAGACCAAUUUUUUCGAUUAGUAUUUGUGCUAUCCCUCUAUUAUUGACAAUAGGAGAAGGAUUAGAUACUGUGUACAAUAUUUUAUCAGCAAGAUGGUUACAGCCUCUUUCUCGAAUCAAUUACUCAAUUUUUUUGGGUCACUUUUUAAUGUACCAUUAUGAAUUUGGAACAACAAGAACUACGUUUACUUUUUCAGUUUACAAUAUAUUUAAACAUUUAGUAGCAGAUUGGAUUUACUCAGUGGGCCUCGGAUUAUUCAUCACAAUUGUCAUAGAAUUUCCAGUAAAAAAUUGUAUAAAUAUUUUAUUGAACCGGUACACAAAUCAUCAGAGAAGCAGACUGUCAGCUGAAACUCAAAAAAAGAUUGAAUAACAUCAUCAAGAAUAGAAGAAUUUCAUGAGGUCCGCUUGACUGGAACAUGUACUUUAAUACGGAGAUGACAAAAUUCUGUGGUUGACUUCCCAAAAUUGAUUUCUACUAACCAAAUACAAAGAACACUAUAAAAAUUGGAAUAUUACCGCCCGACUGAAUCUGUCUUACACUACUAAUCGAAGAACUGAAAUUGAGUUUGUGUUAAAGAUAAAUAACAAUGUUGUGAAAUGAGUAAUUUUUAAGUAUAAAAACAACUAGUAACAAUUGUAUAAGACUAUUAAUAUUUGUUUAAUUUAAAUUUAACAAAAAUACAAAAAAUUUUAUAAAUGAUUAUCACUCAUCUUCAUUGCAAUAUGUAACGAUGUAUAAAAUGACCUUCCGGCUACUUACAUUAAUAAUUCUUCGUUUCUUAGAUUUUCAAAAUAUUGAAAUAUAAAAAUAGUUCUUAAUUAUUAUAAAUGUAAAAUUAUCACAUUCAUUUCAUUCAGAAAACUUCGCACAUGAAAGUCUAAUUUUCGAUUACAAAUCAAAUGCAUGUAGGUUGAUGCUUUUAAUAGUUGGAGUAAUGUGUCAUUUUUAAAAAUGUACAGA